CGCCGACGUCAUGCUGCCCCGCCCAGGCCACCAGCGCCUUGGCCGCAACCGUCGAAGCCCAGCAGAGGGCCGCGUGCUCUGUGCUCUGAGGUCACCAGUGGGCAGCGGCUGCUGGCACCGCGCCCGGUUUUGGGCUUCUGGCACCGUCACAUGCCCACGGGUGCCCGGCACCCGCCCUAUUUGUUCGCGGAAACAUCAUCGUGCGACAGUCUCCAGCUUCAUUUGCAUCGCUCUGCGAAUCACUCUGACGAAGACAUCAAGCAAACUCACAGCACGCAACAUGUCCUACGCCGAGGUCGCCUCCAAAGGGCCCAAGCAGUCUCCCAAGGAGGCCGCCGCCCCGCAACCGCCGCAGGUCAACCCGACCACGACCAGCACCUCCCACGCCCCCGACUCCCCCUCGACCGCCUCCUCCUCGCUGAUCGACGUCGACACGCCCUCCGUGCGCACCGUGCCCUCGACGUUCGCCUCGCAGGAGAUCAAGACGGACACGCAGGCCGCGCGCGUGGAGCGCGAGGCCGCCGCCGAGGCAGCAGCAGCAGAAGCAGAAGAAGAAGAAGAAGAGGAAGAAAGGGAGAGGGCGCGCGCCGAGGCGGAUCUCGCGCGCAAGAACAGGGCGAGCGCCGCGGCCAAGGCUAAGGAGGAAGACGGCGGCGGCAUGCGCAGCAGGGCCGAGGGCUGGAUCGUGCAGCAGUGGGAGAGUGUUGCGGCGGGCGGGCCUGGCGUGGCGCUUGCGCUCGCGAAUGUGCUGGCUGUUGUUGGGCUGGGCGGAUGGCUUGGGUUCCGGGCCUGGCGGCUGUAUGAUCGCGGCCGGCUGGGGUGGAGGGAGGCGGGGAUUGGACUGGCCGUGCUGGGUGCUGUCGGGGCCGUGGAGGGCGUGCUGGCGAGCUACUUUUCGAAGAAGGUGAAGAGCGAGGAGCAAUAGGUGCUCGCUCUUUGGGACUUCUGUCGAACGGGAAGCGAUGGUUUCCGGUGAAAGGUGGAUGUUUCGCAGGUCAGGUUGCUCGUGGGCUGGGCUCUAAUUAGGUUUGCUUGGCGGCAGGGCAUGGAUGACUACGGCAUCUCCCUCUCCUCAACUAGCUCUCUUUCCUUUCCGCGUCUGUGUACACUACCUUGCUAUCUCGACGCUGUCAACAUUGGUUUCUUCUCUGCACCGCUUCCCACC